AAAAAAAAGUAAUUAAGCCGAUAAUAGAUUUUCAUUGGAAAACGUUAAAGUUAUUUUCGAAAUAAAGUGCAUUAACCUAGAUUAGCGAAAAAAUAAAAAGGCGGGAAACUUUGGCAACGAAUGUGCUUCUCUAAAUUUAUUUUAGUACAGUACGAUAAAUUCUUUGAAUGUGCCUGUAACGCGUAUACUAUUAAAGAAUUUUCGCUAUCGUCCUCAAUAGAUAAAGCAACCGAUGAUUGCCAUUGUUAUCUCGCUCAUCUUACACCAAACUAAUCACAACGUACAUAAUUUAAUUAAUUUGAUAAAAUAUUUUUUAAGUGCUAAAUACGGGAGUGUGAUUCUUUGCAAUAGUGUUAUUUUUUCUCUCGUUUUUGUUUGUUAACAUAAUUAUGUGGUUCAAUUCGUGUCAUCUCAUUUUUGCAAUACUCGUUAAUUUUCGAAAAGGAAAGAAGCGAGAAUGAGUCAUGUCGAGCUUCGAAAACGAGAUAUACGAAAAAACAACGUUCGCCGUAAAAGCAUAGAAGGAAAUUUUGGAUUCGAAAAAAUGGUUGGCCUUGGUAGCGAAGAAUUACUUGGUUCUGACAUUGUCGAUGUCGCCAUGGAAUUGGAGAUUAAUUCUGACGAUGAGAGCGAUGAAAGCGAUAAGCAAAGAUUAAUAAGAUCUUCUAUUAAGAAUGAAUCUGUUAAUAAUCAUAUAAAAAAGUUAACCACUCAGAAAGUUCAAGUUGCAACAGAGGAUGACAAUGUUUGGUCCAUAUCCAUUCAAAUGUUUAUACCAUUCCUACUUGCUGGUUUUGGUAUGGUCGCGGCUAGCCUUUUAUUAGAUGUUGUUCAACACUGGCCCGUUUAUCAAAUUGUUUCCGAAGUUUAUAUAUUAGUUCCAGCAUUGUUAGGUUUGAAAGGAAAUUUGGAGAUGACAUUGGCUUCUCGCUUGUCAACUCAGGCCAAUUUAGGUCAUAUGGAUACAAAAAAACAACAAUGGACAUUGAUCGUUGGAAAUUUGGCUUUGAUACAAUGUCAAGCCAUGGUGGUAGGCCUUUUGGCGUCAUUGGCUGCUGUUGUACUUGGUUGGGUACCAGAAGCGCAUUUUGAUAUGCAUCAUGGACUUUUAUUAUGCGCUAGUGCCUUGGUUACUGCUUCUGUAGCGAGCUUCUUUUUGGGACUUGUAAUGGUCGCAGUAAUAUUAUUCUCAAGACACAUGAACAUUAAUCCUGAUAAUGUGGCUACACCAAUUGCAGCUUCUUUAGGAGAUCUAACCACUCUAGCUCUCCUCUCAUGGAUCGCUUCUAUCUUGUAUCAUUCGAUAGAUAAUGCUCCAUGGAUAGCACCAACUUUAAUAUUCUUCUGCAUUGUGGCAACGCCUAUUUGGGGUUAUGUCGCAGCAAAAAAUCCAUUUACUAAAGAAGUAUUGGAUUAUGGUUGGACACCUGUGAUAUCUGCUAUGCUUAUUAGCAGCUUAGGUGGUCUGAUAUUAGAUUACACGAUAUCCAGUUAUAAAGGAAUAGCUGUCUUUCAAUUAGUUAUAAAUGGAGUCGGAGGGAACCUUGUUGCCGUCCAAGCUAGUAGAAUUUCUACGUCGUUACAUAAAGAUUUUCGAGCUGGCAGCCAAGUAGCGCCUACCAUUUGUAUAAGUCCAUUUCAUGCGUUUUUUGCUAAAGGAGGACAUGCUAGGACCGCUAGAGUUCUAUUAAUGAUGGUUAUACCUGGCCAUUUGAUAUUUAGUUAUACCAUAAGUUAUUUACAAGCUGGCCAUACAUCUUUUACACCUAUAUUUAUUGUCGCGUACUUAACGGUUGCAUUAUUACAGGUAGUUUUAUUAUUGUACAUUGCUCAACUAAUGGUCGUUUGGAUGUGGACAAGAGGUAUGGACCCUGAUAGUUCAGCGAUUCCAUACUUAACUGCUGCAGGUGAUCUAAUAGGAACUGCACUCCUUGGAAUCGCUUUUCACAUACUUUAUGCCAUCGGAGAUGGCGAUUCUGAUGUAGGAGACUGAUUUUUCACAUCUAUUAUCAAUGAAAUUAUCAAAGGCGCGGCUAUAUCGAAGUCUUUCUCCACGCAAUCAAUAUACAAAUAUUCAUGGAACAAAAGUUCAAAGUGAAAAGAAAAAAGACAAGAAAUGAAUGAACGAAUGAACGAAUGAACGAAUGAAAUAAUGAAUGAAUGUCAUUGACACGUAUAAUUAAUAAGCCUAAACUAUAAUGCAUUUUCAUUCACUGUCGAUGUCUUUUCGAAUUCGUAUUAAAAUUAUGAAUAAGAUUAUUACAGAGAGAAAGUAAAUAUAUAUAUAUACUUUAUAUGUAUAUAUAUAUUUCAAAGUAUCGAUAUUAAUUGUCUAUACUACGAAAAGAGUUUUAGACUGAUUUUGAAAUACCAAUCAAUUUUCUAAUAAGAUAUUUCUGACUUAAUCGAUCAUAUUUAAAGAGAUAAAAAAAUAAUUCAACUUUAUAGACAGUAUAAAGUUUUUUUUUUUUUUUUUUUUUUUUUUUUUAUCAUAUUAAUU